AUGUACUCCAAAUCUAAGGCGAUUGCGACCGCUCCUGCAACAAGUCGUUCGCCAGCAUCCCCGCUCAUUGAGCCAGAAGCUAACUUGCCCUAUGGAAUUAAGGCUGCGGAUUGGCCACUCCCUCUCACAACUACAGAUCGCCGAGCACUUGAUCAUUACGCCGCUCAUAUUGUUCCUCGUAUGAUCUUGAAAACGGCUAGAUGGUCAACAUACUCAUACGUGUUGUUUAUGUGCGCGAAACAUGAGCUAUUAGCUCAUCUAGUCACCGCGUUCGCCGUGAGAGAUAUGGCAAAGGAGAAUGACAAUGAGCUGCUUACCGUAGCGAUGGAACACUACCAGAAGGCGCUGUCGCUCUUCAUCGAGCAUCUCUCCGCCCCAUACGCGACCGGGUGGAUUACAUUUCCAGCUCUAUGGUUGUUCAUCGUCUAUGAGCAAACAUAUGGAGAUGACCCUAAUGUACUGCGAACGCAUCUUCGGGGGGUGCGAGAGAUUAUUAUUACUCACGGAGCCGCAAUCCUGCCGGGCUCCUUGCAUGAGGAAGCUAAUGUAGAUCGAGAAGAUCCACCAAGAUACCUGGUCCCACCGCAAAUGAUCGAUCGAAUGGCAUUGUGGACUAUCCACCAUGACGCUAAAGCAUCUACAUUUGGCCUUGGGGCUAGUAUAGUGUCCUUAUUAGAUGAGAAGUAUCCUGGAGCUAUAGCGAAGAUCUGUAAAAGCUCUACUAAUGCGCUGCAAGAUGCAUGGGGCUCGGAUUAUCCAGCGCAGGAGGAGAUAUGGGACAUGCAGAUUGAAAUACUCUUUGGCUUUACACAUGAUGCCACAAUGCUACGAUAUGAAUUGUCCGACAUCGAGAGAAAACCUGGUCCCAUAGACCCAGGCAAGUUACUUUUGUUCAGCCGGAAAUUGAAGCAGUUACAGGAGGUAUGUCUUAUUUUAAAUUGA